AUAAGAUUAGGACGGCAAAGAAGAAACUUGCAUUCAGUUAUCUUCUUCGAAUUCUCCAAGCGCCGGCUUAGGUAUAGUAGUCGCCAAGAGGCAGAGAAGCCCAGUUCUUAUUACUUGCCCGAUCUCUAGAUCUCCGCACCGGGUUCAUGGCGAACGCAUUCGAGGCUGAACAGCCGUCAGCCCUUGAUGACGCUCCGGACGUGGGAUCCAUAACCCUCGCUGCAUCUUCUUCGAACUCGCAGGCCGAAGCCUCAUUGUUAUCCCUGGAAGAGAGGUUUGCCUUGGUUAGGAGCGUUGGGGAGGAGUGUAUUCAGGAGGAUGAGCUCCGGAUUUUGCUCGAAAAGAAGCAAAAUCCCAUCUGCUAUGAUGGUUUUGAGCCGUCUGGGAGAAUGCAUAUUGCACAGGGCGUUAUGAAGACUAUAAAUGUGAAUAAGCUGACAUCAGCUGGGUGCACUGUUAAGAUAUGGAUAGCAGACUGGUUUGCUCAGCUGAACAAUAAAAUGGGCGGUGAUCUGAAGAAAAUACGCAAGAUUGGAGAAUAUCUUAUUGAGAUAUGGAAAGCUGCAGGGAUGAAAACUGAAAGGGUUGAAUUUUUGUGGUCUUCUAAUGAAAUAAACAGUAGAGCAGAUGAAUAUUGGCCUCUUGUAAUGGAUAUAGCUCGAAAGAAUACACUGCCAAGGAUAGUACGUUGUUGUCAGAUAAUGGGCCGAAAUGAACAAGAUGAGCUGACGGCAGCCCAAAUAUUUUAUCCAUGUAUGCAAUGCGCAGACAUUUUCUUCUUAAAGGCUGACAUUUGCCAACUGGGUAUGGAUCAGAGAAAAGUGAAUGUGCUUGCAAGAGAAUAUUGUGAUGACAUUAAAAGAAAGAACAAGCCCAUCAUUUUGUCACACCAUAUGCUUCCCGGGCUGCAGCAGGGGCAGGAAAAAAUGUCAAAGAGUGAUCCUUCUUCUUCAAUUUAUAUGGAAGAUGAAGAGGCUGAAGUUAACGUGAAGAUAAAGAAAGCAUAUUGUCCGCCUAAAAUCGUGGAGGGUAAUCCUUGUUUAGAAUAUAUAAAGUAUAUAAUCUUCCCGUGGUUUCAUAAAUUUGAAGUUAUUCGCCAAGAAGAAAAUGGUGGAAACAAGAUUUUUGACUGCAUGGAUGAACUAAUUUCUGACUAUGAAAGUGGAGCAUUGCAUCCAGCUGAUGUAAAACCAGCUCUAUCUAAAGCAUUAAACGAGAUUUUACAGCCUGUUAGAGAUCACUUCAAGAACAGUAAGGAAGCCAGAGAGCUGCUAAAAACAGUAAAGGCUUAUCGAGUUUCUCGCUGAUCUGACAUUCUCAAACCAUUCCAUGUUUCAUUUGUGUAAUGAAUGUUUAAAAAUAUUUUACUUUUAUUUAUUUUGAUUUUUCGAUCUGAUUCAGUCUGCAGAUCAGAAAUUUAGGUCGAAACUCUGUUUUUACAAUAAAAUAAAAAAGAGGACAGAUAUUUUGUGGAUUUUUUCUGUUGAAAUUUUAAAAAGUAGACUAUUUAAGAUA